AUGAAACUGAAAGAACGAGUUCUGAUACCUGUCAAACAGUACCCCAAGUUCAACUUUGUUGGAAAGAUUUUGGGACCUCAAGGCAACACCAUCAAGAGACUUCAGGAAGAAACUGGUGCUAAGAUAUCUGUGCUUGGGAAGGGUUCAAUGCGAGAUAAAGCAAAGGAGGAAGAACUGCGUAAAGGGGGAGAUCCUAAAUAUGCCCAUCUAAAUAUGGAUUUGCAUGUCUUCAUUGAAGUUUUUGGACCCCCUUGUGAAGCAUAUGCUCUGAUGGCUCAUGCCAUGGAAGAAGUCAAGAAGUUCCUUGUUCCAGAUAUGAUGGAUGAUAUCUGUCAGGAGCAAUUCUUGGAGCUCUCCUAUCUGAACGGCGUACCAGAGCCAACUCGUGGCCGAGGAGUCCCUGUGCGGGGAAGGGGAGCAGCUCCACCACCGCCUCCACCUGUUCCAAGGUAUCUUUCCCAAAAGCACAGACCUGGAAAUGCUGCAUCUUGCUCAGAGUUGUCCUGCCAGAUGAGGGGGCGUGGUGUUGGUCCUCCCCCUCCUCCUCCUCGGGGGGCCCUUGUGCGAGGAGCCCCAGUGCGGGGUGCCAUUGCCAGGGGAGCUGCUGUAGCCCGCGGAGUACCUCCUCCCCCAGCAGUCCGGGGUGCUCCUGCACCCAGAGCACGUGCAGCCGGCAUUCAGAGAAUACCGCUUCCUCCUCCUCCCGCACCAGAAACCUAUGAGGAAUAUGGCUAUGAUGACGCAUAUGCAGACCAGAGCUAUGAGGGGUAUGAAGGCUACUACAGCCAGGGCCAAGGGGACACAGAAUACUAUGAUUAUGGACACGGGGAGGCACAGGAAACCUAUGAAGCUUAUGGGCAAGAUGACUGGAAUGGAACCAGGCCCUCCCUGAAGGCCCCGCCGGCCAGGCCAGUGAAGGGGGCCUACAGAGAGCACCCAUACGGACGUUAUUAAAAAACAAACAUGAGGGAAAAAUAUCAGUUAUGAGCAAACAGUUGUUACUGAUUCUUGUAUCUCCCGGGAUUCCCGUUGCUUUACCCACACCAGACAAGUAAUUGUCUAACUGUUUUUCUUCGUGGCCCUUUUUCUCCCACUCCAUCCUCACCCUGCAUUCUGGCUUCUGUACGUAGUAUUUUAAAAAUGAGUUAAAUAGAUUUAGAGGACCGACUUUAAUUUUUUUUUUUUUAAGUGUGUAGAUGGCUUUUCUUUCUUUGUUGUUUAGAUAAACACAACUGUACCUUUUAUAAUAAAAAAAAAAGUUGAGUUAAAAAUGUUAGUUUCAAAAGUGACAUGCUUUGCUUAGCAGUUAUGAAAUUAAGGUUUUGUUAACCUUUUAAGUUUGGUUUUAAGGAACCCGUAAAAGUUGUAGUUGCAGAAUCCCAAAGUAGGCUACAUUUCAAAAUUCAGGGCUGUUUUUAAGAAUUAAAAUCACAAUGUAACGGUAGUAGCUGCCACCGUUUAAAAGUAACCUCAGUUGUCAAACUUUCCUUAAAAGCAGAUUGCUGGUGAAUCUUAAGUUUAAAUUUUAAUACGAAGGCUCCUCAAACAAAUUAAAUAGCAUUUUUUAAAGGUAAUUGACUUAAAAGGAAAAAAAAUUAGGUUUGUAAAAUUGACUUUUCUUAUGUGGGUUUUGAAAUCUAGCCCCGAACAUGCAGUGUUGAGAGAUGCUUGGGAAGCAGAUUUUCCAGUGUAAAGGGGUUCUUAGUUUGGUUCUGUAUGAAGAACUUUUAAGGGAAAAACAAAUUAAAGCAUGGCUCUGAUUGCCCAGUGUUUGAUAUUAGAAACCAGAGUAUUAAGUGAGUAGGUCUGAACUCUGUAAAAUUACAGUCUUCUCAUUUUUAUAGUGCUUGGGGCAGAUAAUACAGUGCAAGUUUAAAACUGACAAAAUUGUCAAUAUUAGCAAUCCCAUUGACUUGUUCAAGUGUAUCUCAACACUAGCUUUGCAUAAAAAGGGACACUGCAGCUGAAAAAAUGAGGAAAAAUUUCACUUUGUACAUAGGAUAAAGUCCUAAUUGGAUUUGUACACUGUCCUCCCACUCUGUUCUUGAAGAUUAAAUGCUACAUGUGUAAGUCUGCCUAAAUAGGUAGCUAAAACUUGUCAAAAUGUCUGCCGCAGUUUGUCAAUAAAGUUUAGUCCUUUUUUAA